ACCCUAUAGGAUUUCUUGCCCCAGUUAUCAUCCAAGGCAAGUCACUCAUGAGGAGUCUACUUCAAGAAACAGUCAAUUGGGAUGAACCUCUUCCAGAAAAUCAGUCUACUCAGUGGGAAAAAUGGAAAAGUUCUUUACAACAUCUCCAAAACCUACACAUUCCAAGAGUUUACUUAGAACAGACACAGUCAUGGAGUGAGACUACUAACAAAACAAUUCACAUUUUUUGUGAUGCUUCAGAAUCGGCAAUAUCAGCAGUGGCCUAUGUAGAAUCACAAGGAAACUUUGGAUUUGUCUUGGGCAAAUCAAAACUAGCGCCCUUACAAGGACAUUCAAUACCCCGUUUAGAACUUUGUGGCGCUGUGCUAGCGGUGGAGAUUGCUAAGUUUGUAUCAGAACAGCUUGAAUUACCGAUUGAACAUUUCAAGUUUUACUGUGAUAGUAAAGUAGUGUUGGGAUAUAUUUUCAACAAUUCAAGGAGAUUCUUUCAGUAUGUGGCAAACAGAGUGAUGCAGAUUCGUAAAGUGACUAAACCAGAUCAGUGGUCAUACAUAUCAACAGACAAAAAUCCAGCUGAUCAAGCAACGAGACAGAUACCAGCUCAAGCUCUACAAGACAGUACUUGGUUGUCAGGACCAUCACUUGCACACUUACAACAGACUGAAUAUGCAAGUAUACCCUAUGAGAUGGUGGACCCAGAUUCAGACAAGGAUGUCAGACAAGAAAUCACUUGUUUAAAGGUUGAUAUCUCGGGACUCGGAUUGAAAUCCGAAAGAUUCUCACGUUUUUCUCAGUGGAGGAAACUUGUUGAAACUAUCGCCAGACUUCAACAUAUAGCGCAAUCCUUUCAUCAAAGAGACGGUAAAUGUUCUGGAUGGCAUGUGUGUGAAAAUUCAAAAACCGUGGAAAGUUUUGACAAAGCUGAGAAAUUUAUCAUCAAAACUGUGCAGAGUGAAGUGUAUUCAGAAGAAAUUCAGUGCAUUUUGAAAGAAAAACCUCUGCCUAGAGAUAGUAACAUUCUACCUCUUUCACCAUUCUUGGAUAAAGAUGGAAUUCUGAGAGUCGGCGGACGUCUCAACAAAAGUUCUCUACCAAUCAGUGAGAAAAAUCCAGUGAUAAUACCAAGAAACCAUCACAUAGCGUUGUUGAUUGCUCGUUACUAUCAUGAACUCUGUGUACAUCAAGGUCGCCACUUCACAGCAGGAGCAAUUCGUAGUGCUGGAUUCUGGAUAAUAGGAGCCAGAAGAUUAGUUUCAUCCAUGCUUCACUACUGUGUCAAAUGCAGAAAAUUACGUGGAAAACUAUUGUGUCAAAAAAUGUCGGACCUUCCUACAGAUCGUUUGGAGCCUAGCCCACCUUUUACAUACAUCGGCCUAGAUACGUUUGGUCCUUGGGAGAUAGUUACUCGACGGACACGUGGAGGAUCUGUGAACUCAAAAAGAUGGGCGAUUUUAUUUACCUGUCUUACAACGAGAGGAAUUCACAUUGAAGUUGUGGAGGAGUUAAGCUCCUCAUCAUUUAUCAACGCCUUUAAGAGGUUUGAAGCCAUUCGAGGAAAAGUUACCCAAAUUCGUUCAGAUCAAGGAACCAAUUUCGUGGGUGCUAUAAAUGACCUGAAAAUCGAUUCAUCUGGACUCAACAUAGCAGACCGUAAAAUCAGAAACUUCCUUUAUGAGUGUGGAACUACUUGGAAGUUUAACCCACCCCACUCUUCGCACAUGGGUGGCGCAUGGGAACGCCUCAUUGGAGUCGUAAGACGUGUAAUUGAUGCUGUUAUGUUGGAGAUACCAGCCAGAUCUCUCACUCAUGAGAUACUUACAACAUUCAUGGCUGAAGUUUCAGCGAUCGUUAACGCCAGACCGUUAGUCCCCUUGUCGGAAGAUGCAGAUGAUCCGUACCCUCUGAGCCCUUCUAUGAUACUUACCCAGAAAACCCCUGUGAUCGUCAACUUCCCUGUUGACAAGAUGAACAUGUAUCUAGCCCAAUGGAAACGCGUACAACAUAUGGCAGAUUUAUUCUGGACACGCUGGAGGAAAGAGUACCUUCAUACGCUGCAGAUUCGUAGGAAAUGGAUGCGCAGUGAAAGAAACAUUACAGAGGGUGAUAUUGUGUUGCUUCGUGACAAGAAUGUUCACCGUAACCUUUGGCCUAUGGGUGCCAUCGUAAAAACGUUCCUUAGUGAUGAUGGGAAAGUGCGGAAAGCCGAAAUACAUGUGGUGAGACGUGGCUGCCAGCCGUCCACAUUUAUCCGUCCGGUGACCGAGAUGGUGUUGCUUCUUGCCAAUGACGUAGUGUAGUUUAUUUAACUUUUGUGAUGUUACAAACAUCAGACGGGGAGUGUGCUGUCACAGUUCUUAUUUUUUCAUUUAUAUCGUUUUUGUAAUGUGAAUCAUCUAGAGUUAUCGUUCUUUGUCAAUUUUUUGAAUUAUCUUCCUUGAGUAGAACUCUUUUGUAUAUAGAGUUACUUCCCUCAUUUUCCCGUGCAAAUUUGUCAGCCAUUCGAGUUCCAUCCGUGAAGAAGUACAUACAUGUUUUUUGUUCUUCCUUCUACUUUCUUUUGAUUUGUGGCCUACUACCAUUUAUUUACCUGUCUCAUCCUCAUUGAAUCACUCACUCAUUCAUUUACGUACCGUAAUAAAUAUGGAACCAGCACCUUGUGUUAUUGAUUAUGUGUGACUGUGAGGACCCCAGGUUUAGCUAGCUGUUCUAGACA